GUUCUUUCUCCGCCUCUCCUCUCCUUCUCCAUAUCCUCUGUUUUGCUUUUCUUCCCAAAUUGUCCUGAUUUUCAGGAAUUUUCCAUCGUUUUUCCAAUCUGAUCGUCUCAAAUCAAUCUCAUCCUCGAAUUGUUCACAAAUUCUUCUUUUUAUCCAUCGAUCCCUCUCGAAAUUCCAUAAAAACUCGAGCUUUUUCCGUCCGAUUUCACGGCUUUUUCCUUCUCCAUCAGCUUUUCUUCGAAUUUUGGCGAUCGGAUUCCCCAAUAAUUAAAAAAAAGCUCCCAUCUUUCGAUUCUCUGACUGAAAUCCUUCUUGGGUUUUGAUUUUUGCUCUAUUUCUUCACAAAAAUUCCCUUUUUUUAUGUCAUUUCUUCAAAAUUUCCAAGUAUUUCUAUCCGUUUCUUACAAAAUCCAUGCUUUCUAACCUGUUUUCGGAAAGCCCUUCUCGUUUUCUUGCAGAAUUCCAUCGUCUUUCCUCAUUUCUAUAAAAUAAAGGAAUAUAUCCUGUUUUCCAGCAUCUAAUUUCUCGAAAAAUCCACACUUUUUAAUCGUUUGUGAUGAAUUUUCUAGCCUUAUACUGGUUUAAUUGUAUUGAAUUGUAAAAUCAUUUCCUUCUUUCUGUAUUGAAUACAGAUUUCUGGGUUUUUCUUUAGUUUCGAUUUGUCCGAAUUCAGACAGAUGGCGCAAGAAGGUUGGAAAAUUGAGAAAGACGAAACUGACUGCGAGAUCUUGAAACCAUCUUCUUCCUCUCCUUCAUCGUCGCCAUCACCACCUCAUCCAGCGUUUCUGAAAUCUGCUCAGGAAUUUCCAAUCCAACGGUCUGAAAGGACCGAAACUCCUGCGGCUGAUUCAGGUUCUAAGGUUUCUCCCAGCCGAAGUCCAGAUGAGGAACCGCCACGGCCCAUUCGGUUCGGAAACCGGUGCUCGAGCUGCCAGAAACGCGUCGGGUUGACCGGGUUCCGGUGCCGAUGUGGUGAUCUUUUCUGCGGCAAGCACCGGUAUUCUGAUAUCCAUGACUGUUCGUUUGAUUACAAGGCUGCUGGUAGGGAAGAGAUUUCGAAGGCCAAUCCUGUAAUUAGAGCUGCAAAGAUCAUCAAAAUCUGAGGGUAUGUUCGGACACCCACAAUUGCGAAUUGGACAAUUCUUAAACCCUCUCAAAUGCGAAUUGAGGUAGUGGGUGUGUUUGGCGAAGCAUGCAAACAUGAGCCGAAUGGCCAUUUCAUUUGGAUCUCUAAUCCAAUCGCAAUUUCCAUCCCAUUUGCAAAUCUGCCAGCCAAGAAUAGGGCAUCUGACGUUGCAAAGGAGUCCAAGAAAUUGAUUGCUGGUUUCUGUGGUUGGCGCCAGAUCCAUCUCUCUUCUUAUUGAAUUUCUAUUAAAGAUUAUGUGAAUGUGGAUUCUUUUGCUUUCAUGAAGUGGAUGUUUUCUUAAUCUAGCAAUUGCUAAGCUAUUAAGAUGUGAGUACCUGGUUCUUCAUUUGAA